AUGAAGUUGCCAGCCUGCAUCAGCCUCUGUCUGCUCACUCUUCUUCAACUGGCCGUGGCUGCCGAGGUUGUCCCCAGGUCUACCUUUACUGAGGUGACUAACUAUGGCAACAACCCCACGGGCACUCGAAUGUGGCUAUAUGUUCCAAAGACUCUAGCCUCGAAGCCUGCAAUAGUAGUCGGCAUCCAUUGGUGCACCGGUAGCGCCCAAGCAUACUACCAGGGCACUCAAUGGGCUCGCUACGCCGAGACAUAUGGCUACAUUGUUAUCUAUCCUCAGACACCAUACACCCAGGAUAAUUGCUGGGACGUGGCAUCAAAGAUGACCUUGACUCACGACGGCGGCGGUGCCAGCACCUCCAUAGCCAAUAUGGUCAGAUUUGUGACGAAAGAAUAUAACACAGAUAAGAGCCAAACCUUUGUUACGGGUACUUCCUCGGGAGCUAUGAUGACGACACAUGCAGGUGUCCCAGCCGGGUGCUUCAAGAGCGCAGAUAAUAUCCCCGAUUUCUGGAACUCAACAUGUGCCAAUGGCCAGUCCAUCUACACCCAAACUCAAUGGGCCAAUGUUGUUAAGGACAUGUAUCCUGCAUAUGAUGGGCCACGACCAAAAAUGCAAAUCUAUCACGGGUCGGUGGAUCAGGUGUUGAACGUGCAGAACUACUACGAAACUAUCAAGCAAUGGACUGGUGUAUUUGGUUAUUCAACUAACCCACAGUCUACCACGCCUAACUUUCCACGGAGCCCUUAUACCAAAUACACGUUUGGCGAUAAGCUACAGGUGAGAUAA